AUCUGAUGAAUGUCAGAAUUGUAUGCCUUUAGAUUUUAUUAUGAACUUCUUUUAUAGGUUUUAGCCGGAAUAUUUCGUGUUAAAAUGGGAAACACUGAUUUUGAUUGGCCUUGGCAGUAUAAUUUUCCUCCUUUUUUUACUCUUCAGCCGAAUACUGAUACUCGCGCCAAGCAGUUUGAGGCGGGAAAACUGUUUCUAGAUUAUCACAAGGCUAACAAGAAAUAUGUUUUAGAUGUCACAGAAGCUCAGAAUUCUUCUUUAUUUUAUAAUAAGUCAAUUCGUCGGAAGUUAGCUCUAAAUGUGAUAUACUUGAUCCUUGAUGAAUUACAAAAGCAAGGAAAUGUCGAAUGGUUUGAUAAACAACGUCAACAGUGUUACGUUUUUUGGCGUACCCCAGAAGAAUGGGGUAAAAUGAUAUAUGCAUGGGCUGAAAAUAAUGGUUUGCUUAAUUCUGUAUGUACUUUAUAUGAAAUAACUAAUGGUGAUGAUGCUACCAAUGAAGAGUUUUACGGCCUAGACCGAGGUGUAUUGAAAAAAGCAUUAGCUACUUUAGAAAAAGAUGGUCAUGCUGAAUUAAUUCUUGAUGAAGAAAUUGAAGGCGUCAAGUUUUUUUAAUGUUCUUUGUGGUAAUUAUGUAACAGAUUUUCA